AUGUCAAAAAGAUUAAACGCGGAAAUACAUUGUUCUUCUACAAAACCUACGGACGCUGAAACAUCACAUUCUUUCACUUUUCAAACAAUUUUUUCCCCAGUUUGUAGACUCGAUAAUGCUAAUACCAACACCGAAGAGAGGCGUCAAUUUAAAGAGAGGCGUAAACUCCUAAAGCUACAGUUGGAUAAUCGUAGAUCGAAUAUGCUACGUAAUAUAACAAAUUCUAACAACAUAUCAUCAUCAAAUUCAACAACAUCACUAACGAAUGAUCUACAAAAUACACCAUCAUCAACACCAUUUACUGCCGAACAAAUUGUGCAAGAUCCAUAUAAAGGAGUAUCUAAAUAUUAUUUGGAUCAUGGUGAUCAUAACUCAAAGAAAGCAACUUCAACAUCUUCAGAUUCCCUUGACACUGAAAUCAUAGAAUACUUAAAGGUGAUGUUAGAUUCAAAUAAUCAACUGGUCAAAACUUAUAGGCGUGCAAGAGAUCGUUUUUUUGAUAAUCCUCAUGUUGAUCUUAAAUUACGCCUUAAGGCUAAGCGGACUAAAGAUGGACGAACAUACAACUUACCAACAUCUUCUGAAGUUGCUGCGCUUAUAGUUGGAGAUAUUGAAGAUGCACUUGACAACCGAGAUGUUAUUGUUGAUUCAAAAAAAGAUGGUUUACAGCGUAUAAGUGAGCUUCAUCCAUCCUAUAUCACGCUUCAAUAUCCACUACUAUUUCCUUUUGGAAAAGACGGUUAUCGGAUUGAUAUUCUUCACAAAGAAGGAACGUCAUCAAAAAAAAGAAUCUAA